AUUUAUAUUUUUUGUUAGUUUUAUGGAAAACCUACAAACUGAAGUACUUGAAAUGGAGUUCCAACAGUUUGCCAAAGGAGGAGACACCAUAAGUGAAAUGGAUUUUGCCAAAAUAUUAUUAAGAUACACUCACUUGGAUACGGAUCUGUGUGAUACAUACCUAGACCGAUUGUUGGAGAGAAUCAAAAUGGACAAAGGCAUUCCACCAGGCAUUUCAUUUGACGAGUUUAAAGUUUUUUGUCAAUUCUUAAAUAAUUUGGAGGACUUUACUAUAGCUAUGAGAAUGUAUACACUGGCCGAUCACCCAAUAUCUAAAGAUGAAUUUCAUAGGGCUGUUAAGAUAUGUACAGGAACCAGUUUGAGCAAGCAUCUUGUGCAUACUGUGUUCGCCAUAUUUGACGAGGAUGGUGAUGGUCAAUUGAGUUAUAGAGAAUUUAUUGCCAUUAUGAAAGACCGGCUGAAUAGAGGAUUCAAGUCAUACACCAAAAAUGAAGGAUGGGAUGCAUUCAAAAUUUGUUUGAAACAUGAAAUUAAAACUCCUAAUUAAUAAUAAACUUUAGGUUGAAUUAAGUUUCAUUUAAUUAAAUGUUUGUGUCUCUUUUUAAUUACUUGAGUAACUUAUUUGUUUUUAAUCCAUAAAUACUUACAAUAGAUACUUAAAUUAAAUUUUUUCAUUGAUAUGACUAAUGAAAAACUACAUUUCAAAAGAAAUAUAACACAAAUAAAUUGUAUUAAGAACACUAAACGAAAUCAAAUUUUUUAUGUAUAAAAGUACAGA